CAGCGCCGUCCCCUGCACAUAUCCCUCAAAAAUUUUCCCUCCCUUUCUCGGGAAAAGAGAUAGACCCCCCACCAACCCCCAACACGACAGCUUCAGUAGUGGUAGCAGAAAUUAACGUUAUCGCCCAUGGGAACUCUGGUUGGCCAUGUAGCUCCCGGUUUUGGCUUCCUGUUGAUUGGUCUGUGGCAUCUCUUCAACCACAUCAAGCUUCAUGCUGUUAAUUCCGGGUCUUAUGUUUCUCCUCCAUGGUUUCCCGCCACUAAGCUCAAGUACCUUGAGCUUCUUCUCAUCAUGGCGGGCUCUCUGGCCUCCAUAUCCAUGGAGCUCUUUAUAGGACCCGACAAACACCAACCCUUCGACUCCGACGGGACAAUUCCGUCCAACCAUCUCCAUAAUUUCGAGCACUCUUCCAUCUCCAUGACAUUCUUCGUCUACGCCGCCUUCGCCGUCGUUCUCGACCGAACCGCCUUGCCGGAGAAGACCAAACUCGGGCUGACUCAGCUUCUCGGCGCCAUCGCUUUCGCGCAGCAGCUUCUCCUCUUUCACCUUCACUCCGCCGACCACAUGGGACCGGAAGGUCAGUACCACCUUCUGUUACAGCUCGUGAUACUCGUCUCUUUGUCCACCACCCUCAUCGGAAUCGCCAUCCCGAAGAGCUUCCUGGUCAGCUUCGUACGAUCUGUGAGUAUAUUUUUCCAAGGCGUGUGGCUCAUCGCCAUGGGCUUCAUGCUCUGGACUCCUGGGUUGAUACCCAAAGGGUGUUUCAUGAACCAGGAGGAAGGCCACCAGGUGGUGAGAUGCUCGGACGACGAGGCUCUUCAUCGAGCAAAGUCUCUGGUUAACAUUGAAUUCAGCUGGUACUUGAUUGGGAUAACAGUAUUCGCCAUGUCUCUGUACUUAAUUAUGGUCAAAGUUUAUGGUGAAAAGCCUCAGUAUUUCACGCUUCGGGGAGAUGAUGAUGAAGAAGAAGGAGGAGGAGAAGACCGGAGCGAGGGGUCAAACGACGACGUUGAGUCGCAAAAGAAAAGCGCACUUGAAAACGCCCAAAGCUUUAUUCAUAUGGGGAAAGCCUUUCCAACGGUAGAAAUGGAGAGGUAGGGGGAGGAAGAAAAUGUUAUUUUCCC